GUUGAAGCUGCAGCUGCCGGCUGUUUGUUUGCAGACAUUUGUUGUGACUUUUAAGGUGUAAUGGACCCCGGAGCUGGCGCUGUAACGUGGUGUGCUUGUCCCAUCUGGCAUAGUGGGACACUAUAGCUGGACUCCCACCUUGUCCUUUUGCUGUUCUCCCUGAAGACUUCCUCUCUCGUCCUCCACCUCCUCUUCCUCCCUCCAGCCGCCCCUGUGAUGCCUCCCUUGUGCUGUGGCUACCUGUCACAGUACACUCAUCAUCAUCUGGUUGCUUUCCUCCUCACCUUCUUUAGCUACGUGCUGCUGCACGCGUCCAGGAAGACGUUCAGCAACGUGAAAGUCAGCAUCUCGGCCCAGUGGACGCCGUCUCUCCAGAAUGGCAGCGUGUCGGCUUUCUCGCCCGGCGAGACAUGGGAGGACAAUCAUCUGUUUGCAGAUGAAAAGCAGGCCACUCUGUUCUUGGGAGCGCUGGACUCCAUCUUCCUCUUCUCCUACGCAAUGGGUCUGUACUGCAGCGGUGUGAUCGGGGACCGAGUGAACCUGCGCUACGUGCUCUGCUUCGGCCUGUGUGGCUCUGCUACCGUGGAGUUCAUGUUUGGCACGCUCACCGAGUGGCUCCAAAUCUACAACGUCUACCUGUACUGUGCCCUGUGGGUGGUGAACGGCCUCCUGCAGUCGGCCGUCUGGCCCUGCGUUGUGGCCGUCAUGGGCAACUGGUUCGGCAAGACGGGCCGUGGCUUUGUGUUUGGCCUCUGGAGUGCUUGUGCCUCUGUAGGCAACAUCCUGGGUGCCUUCCUGGCCUCUAGCGUGCUCAAGUAUGGCUACGAGUAUGCCUUCCUGGUGACAUCAGUGGCCCAGUUUGCCGGUGGGGUGGUGGUGUUCUUCGGCCUGAUUACCUCUCCAAAGGAAGUCGGUUUAGACUCUGACUCGGAGACCGGUCUGAGUGCGCUGGAGGACUCAGACAGCCACCGGCCUUUGAUAAGUGACGAGGAGGAGGAGGAUGAAGGGGCGGCGGCGGCGGGGCCCGGCAGGCGACGCCAGCCGGUUCCGCAGCAGGACGAGCCGACCGUGGAAGAGACGCCUCGCGCCGUCGGCUUCUGCCGCGCUUUCUGUCUGCCCGGCGUGCUCCCCUAUUCCCUGGCGUACGCGUGUCUGAAGCUGGUCAACUACUCCUUCUUCUUCUGGCUUCCUUUCUACCUGAGCAACAACUUUGGCUGGAAGGAGGCCGAGGCCGACCGCCUGUCUGUGUGGUACGACGUCGGAGGGAUCGUCGGAGGGACCGUUCAGGGUUUGAUCUCCGACUUCAUGGGAAAGAGAGCCCCGGUGUUGGUCGUUACCCUCUUGCUGGCGAUGGGAGCCCUAAUGGGCUACAGCAAAUCGCCUAACGACCAGGUGAUAAACGGCGCGCUGUUAGCCGCCACUGGCUUCUGCAUCGGCGGCCCUUCGAACAUGAUCAGCUCGGCCAUAUCCGCUGACCUCGGCAGACAGGAGGCUCUGCGCGGCAGCCAGGAGGCCUUGGCUACCGUCACUGGCAUCGUGGACGGCACCGGAAGUAUAGGAGCUGCUUUUGGACAGUACCUGGUGUCCCUGAUUGAGAGCAAGAUGGGCUGGACGUAUGUCUUCUACUUCUUCAUUGUCAUGACAGGGGGCAGCAUCGUGUUCAUCUCGCCGCUGCUCUACAACGAGGUGCGGGCCAUGUGGAGAGACAGACAAGCGCUGCGACGCCAGCUGUGAAAGCGGGAAACACCUGCCAGCCAGAAGCUUCCUCCUCUCGUCCGUGGCGAGACGGGAGGGCUGAACACAAACUUCUGCUUCCGGCUGGGUUUCGGCAGGUGGGAGGAGUCUCCGGGUGCCGUUUCUCGCUGCCACGACGGUUACGGUGGCCUGGAGUCGCCAGUGUUUGUCUAUUACCGCCCGUGUGAGCAGGCGGAGCCUCUGAGCUUAUCCACUCACUGAAAGCCUAAAAAUGUAAAUGCACACUUGGGUUCCACACUUUUAGUGUGACUUCAAGGUUUUAGAGGUAGCGUUGAAGUGCCUGUUUUUUCGAAAAAAAAGGCUUUUUAAAGGGAGCAGUCCACUCUUUGAAUUCUGGCCUUGUGGGGCCAUCAUAGAAUGUACUACUGUAUAUAUUUAAUGAUUUGAAACUGAUGUAAAAAAAACUUUUUUUAAAUGUCGAUGCUCCUGGGUCACGUUGAAUGAAGUUUGACCUUUUUUUUAUUUUUUUAUUAAAUCGCGGGUUCUUAUCUUAUAGAGCAGGCCCUCUGUGAUAAAUUGGGGGGUGAGAAUGUGAAAUAAUAAUCGCAAUGUAGAGACGUGUUGUCAGCUUUUGUAGAUAUGUAUGAUAUUUGUGUCGCUCGUGGUCGGGAUCAUGAGCGUUGCACUGUAGUGUGGUAAUUAGGGCAAAGUCUUAAAUGAUUUCAGCUGGGAUUUUUUGGGGAACUUUCUCAUCACAGCCACUUGAUUUCUCUUGUUUACAAUUUGAAGCAAUCGGGGUUAGAAACUAUAUUGUAUAUAUACGGAGACUAUUACACUUGAUUCUGUCACAGAUUGAUAUGUUUUAUGCUCAUUCCUUUUUCGAGUGUCUUAAGUCACGAGUGAAACCCUCACGAGGUGAGAAGAAGCUACCAUGGUCUGAUUUCACACAGAGUUCAUCGUGUAGCUUCCCUAUUGCACAUUGAAGUGUAACAUACAUACUGACAUGUUUCGCCUGUUUGGAGCAGAAGUUGCACAUUUGUUUGGGGAACUUGACGUCAAAUCUGUUUCUGAACUUUUUUUAUUUAUUUGGAUUAUGUUUUAAAGGCCAAAGGAAACUAACAUACUUUUACACUAUAUAAAUACCUUAUUGGGGUGGAAAUACUAUCCUAUAACACCAGCCAUGUGCUAGCUUUAUAUUUGGGCGUUCUGUCUACUUCAUGAGACGAUGUGGUCAGUAACCAGACAACAAUUCUGGGAGGAUUCUUGGUUAGAGACUGCGAGUCGGGAUUUUCCAGACACAACGAGCAGUUCGCUCAGUUGCAUGGAGACCAUUUCUAGUGCUUUUAACAUCUGUAGCAUCUGGGCAUUUUGGUGUCGUCCUCAUCCCUGUAUUGAGGCGUGUUCCUGAUGCUAAAACAAGAGCAGUGGAGCUGAGAAGUGACACCUGCAUUUCUGAUGUCUGAGCUCACCAAGUGUAAUAUAAUAUACAUUUAAAUGUGGAAUUUGUAACAGUAUGUCUGGUCUGUUUAUAUUUUCAUUCAUGUGUACUUUUUCAGUUUUAAUGUAAAUUCGGAUUUUUUUUUAAAAUAGGUGCAAAAAUGUUGUCUACAGAAUAUUUGAGAUAAGACGGUAAUGUUAUAGAUUACAUUCUUGUUUUUAAAUUGUGUUGGUUAAGUAUCUGGUGUUUACUUACUGAACUUUGUAUUAUACCUUCUAAGUUGCAUGAACACUGUUGCGAAAUGCUUGACUUUGUGGGCAGUUACAUUUCCACCACCAGGGGGUGCUAUAAAUCAAUAAGAAAGUUAUCUGCCUCUCGAGCCAUCAGUGUUUAAACUAACUUUAAAAAAAGAGUGGGAAUAAAACUUCAGACCAACA